CCAGUGAGCUGAUCCUCAUUGUCGCUGCAGAUAUUCGUGUUUAACACUCUGCGCAUAUUUUGCUUUAACGCGAAACUGUCGUUGAAAUGACCGAUGAAGUGUCCGUCUGGUCGCGCGCUGGGCACAGAGCGCAGCCAUGAAGAGCAGGAUUAAAUAAAAACCAUAUGGGCGCAGUUUGGAGGAAUUUCUGAAUUGGCCCUUUAAGGUGCCCCCUCCCCACCCCGUGCUGGGGGUAUAAGGGCCGGAGCGCAGGAGAACCGGGGCAGAACCGGCCUGCUGCCCCCACCACUAAUGCAUCUGCGGGACUUUGACUGACUUCUCCAGAGGACGGUCUCUCCUCUCCACUCUCACAGCCACAUGCUGGUGCACACCUACCCGGCCACGGCUCCUGAGCGGGCUGAUGGAGUGUCCGGCUCCUCUCCUCCGUCCCGCCUCCCUCAGCUGUCCUCCUUCUCCGCGGCUCCUCCGCUGUGCCACACUCCAGCCUCGGACUUCCAGCCGCCCUACUUCCCGCCGCCGUACCCGCAGGCCUCUCUGCCGUACCCUCAGAGCCAGGACGCGUCCUACCCGCACCUCCCGGACCCCUACCAGUCCCUCAGCUCUCUGCACGCCCCCCAGCACCUGCCCCAGCACCUGCCCCCCCAGCAGCAGCAGCACCAACAGCAGCAGCAGCAGUGGCUGUCCCAGCGGAGCCGCGCCGAGGACGGGGGUCUGCUGUCCCCCACACUGCGCCGGGACUACGCCAGCGUGCCCCGCCUGCUGCACGGGCUUGGCGAGGAUGGACCGCUCGCAAUGCAUCACGGGGUGGACGACCUCCAGGGGAUGGAGGAGGCCUCGUCUCUGGGGAUCCUGGACCAUUCUGUCAUCAAGAAAGUUCCUGUCCCCUCUAAGCUGAAUGGCUCUGCUCUAUCCGUCCUGUCACUGGGUAAAGAUGGCCUGGGCCUGGGUGGAAUUUCUAACCCCGGUGAAGUUUUCUGCUCCGUUCCUGGACGCCUGUCUCUCCUCAGCUCCACCUCCAAGUAUAAGGUGACAGUGGGAGAGGUCCAGAGGAGGCUGAGCCCACCUGAGUGCCUCAACGCCUCACUGUUAGGAGGAGUCCUGCGGAGAGCCAAGUCAAAGAAUGGCGGCCGCUGCCUCCGUGAACGUCUGGAGAAGAUCGGCUUGAACCUGCCCGCCGGCCGCCGCAAAGCAGCUAAUGUCACACUCCUCACGGCACUGGUGGAAGGUGAAGCGGUGCACUUGGCGCGGGACUUUGGCUAUGUGUGUGAGACAGAGUUCCCAGCCAGAGCCACAGCAGAGUACUUAUGCAGGCAGAGCGAUCCCGAGCAGCUGCCCACACGGCGGAGCAUGCUGCUGGCCACCAAGGAGAUCUGUAAGGAGUUUGUUGACCUGAUGUCCCAGGACAGGUCGCCGCUGGGGGCCAGUCGGCCCACGCCAUGCCUGGAGCCCGGGGUGCAGGGCAGCCUGACCCACUUCAGCCUCCUGACCCACGGCUUUGGCACGCCGGCCAUCUGCGCCGCCCUCUCGGCCUUCCAGAGCUACUUGCUGGAGGCUGUCAAACUCCUGGACAAAGGCGAGGGAGGUGGCAAGGGCCAUCAGGAGAAGGAGCUCAAACACCGUAAAUGAGAUGGACAAACAGAAAGACUGACAGACUGAAACUAAACUGUUCCCCAGCCUUUAGGAGAGUGCGAGUGUAUUUAUGUAUGUGUGUGUACGUAUGUGUGUGUACGUAUGUGUGUGUGCAAGUCUGGCUCAGAAGCAGCUGGGUUCAAUCCGCUGCAUCACAGGAGUACGUGCCUGCAGGAUGCGCUUUCCUCUGGACACAGAGAUGACCACUGCUCCUCUUUUGCCCUGAGCAGGAUCCACUACUGCCCACUCAACACACAUUGGCCAACCAGGGGAAAAUUUCCCAAAGCAACUAACAACUGUUAUAUUUGCUGGUGUUCCAUUCCUGGAUAAUCUCAGUUAUAACAACUUAAUAACUGCAUAAAAUCUCAGUAAUAUCUCCAAGUGAUAAUAACUUUCUCAAAAAUAGAUUUUGCAUUGUUUUCCAAGUAGUUAUUGAAUAAUGAGUCUUAGGCUGUGGAUGUAGAAAGGAGCUUAACCCCUAAAUUCCUAAAAUGAUGAAAAUAAAGGUUCGACGAGGGCUUCUUUGGAGAGAAGAACCAUAAAGAACAUUUCGAUAUUUUAAUAUUUCUAAAGAACCAUUUUUGUAAAUGAGGUUGUGAAGUUUGUUUGUACCAUACGUCAAAGCCAAGAACAGAUUUAGGAGCCAUAGAUGUUGGAUUAUUUUACAGGUUUCAUUUUAUGUAACUACUAUUAUUCAGUAACUACUAUAAACUACUUUAUAAACUCUGCAGUUAUGAGAAUGAGGAAUGAAAUCUGGACAGACUGUGGGUCAUUACAGUUAAACCAAUAGGAGAAGAAACAAGUAAUGUUCUCACUAGACUGUCCCCACUUUGGGCUCAAGUGGUCUGUUAUUACUCAGAAAUCUUGCUUUUCUGGCACAGCCCCAAGACCAGAAGCCACGUGCCCUCGCCCUGUGUUUACUACAGAACUGUGAAAGGCAGCUAAAGAUAAUGCACACCACUUGGAGAGAGAGACAAGUAGUAAAAAAAACAAAACGAAUAUUGUCCUUUUGUACUCCCUGCUGUAUGUUUAUUAUUGUUAUUACUGUCCUUAUUAUUGUUGUAUUUCAAGGUAAAUGUAAUAUAUUAUUAAAAAUAACGGAUGGCAUCUG